AAUGGAUCAGCAUCGACAAGGAUGAAACCGGAGCGGCCAAAGGGAAGCUGCCACCACCAGCACCGCGGACCAACCCGGAGCUCUCCAAGUCUUUUGGGAAAAAGCAUUCCUGUGGAGAAGCAGCAGGGGGGGCUGCUGGUCCCUCCGGAAAGCUCUUCGACGAUCUGGAGAAACCUGCGGCCCUCACAGCCGCCCGCCCGCCAGCUCCACACCGUGGCACCUCCAAAGACGAGGCCUCCCAGAGCAGGGUGAAGCCAGAUGCCACGCUGGACCCGGACAGCGGCCCUCUGAAGAACAGCUUCAACAACCCCGCCUACUACGUGCUGGAGGGGGUCCCCCACCAGCUGCUGGUCUCGGAGCUGCCCCCUGCUAGCCUGGCCAAGCCCCCAGCCCCCCGGAACAAAGUCCAGAUCACGGUGCCCAUCCAGCCGGAACACCGGCGCCCCCUGCAGCCCCUCUGCCGGGCCGAAGAGAUCUCAGAAGAGGAGGAUCCAGGCGUCCUCAACCUGCCGCCCCCGGACUUCCCGCCCCCGCCACUGCCCAAAUCGGUGGAGUUUGACAUGACCGAGAGUGCCUUGUACACAGCUGUGGGCGGCCGAGGGGAGGAGCCCGGGGCCGGCAAGCCCCGCCCCUCCGUGGCCUUCAGCGAGCCCUUGGAAGCCAAACCCCCCAAGCUGCACCCCAGGGUCACCCCGCCUCUCGGGCCGGGCUUCCGGAUGGAUCCCCCGAGCGCCCCGCCAGUCCCCGGCCCCCUCCUGGACGACCGCUCCUGCUCGGUGCUUCAGAUGGCCAAGACGCUCAGUGAGGUGGACUACCCGAGUGGCGGAGCAGCCGGGCUGGGGCGAGAGCAACCGGGCCGGCCCCCCGCCCACCCCCUGACCAAAGUGAGGCUGGACCUUCCCCACCGGUGCCUGCACCCCGACUACAGCCGCCCCAUCACCUUCCCGCCCCGCUCCAUCCGGGAGAGCAUCGAAGAGGACUUGGCAGAGGAGGCCGUGGGCCAGGACGGACGCAGCAGCUCCCGCCAGAGCGACUCCAGCGUGGGGGAGUGGCUGCGCGCCAUCGGCAUGGAGAGAUACGAGGAGGGCCUGAUCCACAACGGCUGGGACGACCUGGAGUUCCUCAGUGACAUCACCGAGGAGGACUUGGAGGAGGCUGGCGUGAUGGACCCCCUCCACAAACGCCUCCUUUUGGAGAACCUGAGGCUCAGGAAGUAGCCGAUCCCCCCCC